AUGAACAGCUACCCACCGGAGCUCACUCAUCAUGCCUACGCUUCACUCUUCGUAGCUGGACUGACAAAGCCGCAGCAGGCAGGCCCUUCGUCAUCAUCUUCCUCAGCGGCGGCACCGGCACCGGCGGCCAACGGCGAUGGAGCAGCUGCUUCGACUUCUCAACUGCAGCUCAAUGGCCAUCCGACCGAGGUCUACCCAGAGCUGUGUGCGGAACUCGAGACAGUCUUUUCGUCAAGAGGCAAGCAUACCAUCUGGGAUCCGGCAAGAGGGAGAUCGGCCGUCUUCCAUUCCGUGCUAGUAGACCAUAACGUCAGACUACCUCCUCGCAAGACUCGACCCAGCUUGCGAUCAGUAGCAGCGCCUGAACCAUCAGCCAACCCGCCGAUUCUUCAUCCUCGUUCCCCUCUGUCCCCACUUCACCCAGCCAGCCCACUCUUUCCGGAUGGUCUCAUCGCUCCUAUCUGGGCUCGCAAGCAUCGUGACAUAGUACCUUCGGUAUUCGUUGCCUUCUACUGUCUCUCGGGAGACGCUGCGGUGGAACAGACGUCAGAGGACAAUGAUGCGCCCUCCCCUGCUCCACGCCAACUGAGCGGACAAGAGCUCAAGGCUCGAGACGAGGAGCUCAUCAGGCUCAUCUCAGAGCGCAAAAGACCACUCAACGAGCGCGGCAUCAAGCUCACCGUCGUCCUUCUGACAGCUCGCAACAUGCUUGACAACCCGCAGCUCGAGGCUCGAUUGAGCUACAUACGCCGUUCGUCGGGCCUCGACUCUAAGGCUUCCCUCUUCGUUCUCACACCCGUACAACGGCAGGAGCUCGCCGAUUUCGUCACCUCGCUACAAGGAGCACUGUACGACCAUGGUCUGGACUACUACCGCGAGCAUGCCCGCCGCAUCAGGAGAAAGCGGGCAAGAUACCCACCACCGCCCUCGAUCGUCCAGCCCAUCCUGCAGUCCGUCGCCGCUAGCCGGCCAAACAGCAAGGCACCCGAGCUCACGCCUUUGAGCAGAGAAGGGUGGCAUCUGCGCGCAGAGUACAAGCUAGCUAUGUUCGCAGAGCUUCACGCCGACUACGAUGACGCCUUAGCGCAUUACCUCGAAGCGUACGAUCUCCUCGCCGGCCCCCGCGGUAUGCUGAGCAGCACGGUCCUCCUUCCGCCGAGAACCAAGCGAUGGGCAGAGGCAAAAGUGCUCAGCGACACCCUCUCGCUGCGUAUCUCCAAACUAUACCUUUACGGGGAAGACAGCGCCUCUGCUCUGCACCAAUUCCGCCGGCACUUGGCGAGAUUCUCAGAACUCAGCUCUGGCUGGGGAAUAGGUGACGCGACAUUUGAGUAUUGGUCCUGGCUGGGGAAGCAAUAUCGCCUCAUCGGGGCUCUCUUAGAGCAGGCAAUGAAGUCCUACCCUGGCUCCCCCCUUCCGCCAAUCUCGAUACCCAUGCACAACCCACCACUGCCAGGGUUCUUACUCCACCCGGAGAUCACAGAACAGCCGCAGCGAUACCCCUCCCUUCGAGCUGCUCCUGGUGGGCUGCUCUCCCCAAAUAAUGCAGCUCUGUCCUCUGCUACAACUCCAGCGGCUCUGCUGCAGGGACCCGCAGCCUUCUUUUAUAACGCUGGGCUCUGUGCUCUAGAGCGACAAGAUCGCUACGUGAAGAUGGUCGCUGCCGAGACGAAGGGCGAGGUCUCUGAGAGUGGCGCUACGGCUUUGGUGCACGAGAAGCAGGUGGAUCAUUGCGCCCAGAUUGUCGAAGUGCUCGGGCGAGCGCACGAUCUGUACCGCGAAGCGAAACAGGAGAGGUUGGCCGACGUCGUGGCAGCCAAGAUGGCUAGGGCUUGGGCUACGGACGGUCAUUGGAAGCAAGCGCUGCGGAUGUUGCACCGCGUAAUACCGCGAUAUAGGGACGAAGGGCCAUCCGUGGGGUUAAAGGAGCUCCUUCUGCUGGCCGUGCAUUGCGCUGAGAAGGCAGGAGAUAAGCGUGCCCAGGCGCAGUGGACUCUGGAGGCUAGUGGAGAACAGGAAUUGUCUAACGAGGAGUGGGAGAUGAUGGAGAAGGGGUGGAAGGAGCUGUCACUCGGGGUGGAGGAUUCCGAGACCGUCUCGGUCUCAUGGAGCAAGGGCAGAGGGCCGUUGAGAGUUGACGUCGCCUUUCAGCGGGCGUCGGUCCAGUAUGGAGGGGCCGCCAGCUUUCAACUGACCGUCACAAGGGCGCAGCAGAGCCCACCUCUGGCGUUUGAGUCGAUGACGAUCUUUGACUUGGCCGGCAAGGUCGUAGCCGUGGUCGAGGCCAAUGGCGCGGCCGCCUCAUCGAGCUCGCCCAUCCAGCUCAAGCCUCCUUCAGAGAGGACCCAGGCCAAAAUCAGCUGGCUCAGCGAAGAGCAACUCAGCAGCGUCUUCCAAGGCACCCUCAAGGCAACAAGUAAAAGCAGCCUGGCCAUCUCCCGCGUCCACUUCCAUGCCUCGUCACCCCUCCCACUGGACAUUGAGGUCAAGAUCGACUCGCCAUCAACGACGCUACCGCAUGCGCCUCUUUGGCUUUGCUCAUCCGGUCGUUGGGUGCACCUCGUCUACCGUCAAGAAGCGCGGCACUGCCUUGUCACCCGGCCCGUACACCGAGUCGACGUCGAGAUCGACCAUCACGUCACAGCCUAUCUGGACGAGGCUGUCUCGAUCCGCGUCAAAGCGACGAACAAAGAGCAGAGCCCCCUGAGGUGCGCGCUCGCCGUCAGCCUGGACACGAGCAACCUACCGCCCGAUGUGAGGGACGAGCUUGGCCAACAGGGACUGCAGCCGACCCUCUCCGGCAGCCUGCCAAACCUCGCCCUGGGCGUCUUAGCUCCACAAGAGAGCAAGGAUGUCACGCUUGUGCUACGAGCUAAGCAGCGUACGGGGCUUCGUAGCCUGGCCAUGGUCUUGAAGUCUUGCAUGACAGAUGUUGCUCACGACGAGGACGAGGAUGUCGACGGAGCGCUGGCAGGCGAGCUGGUCCGCGAGACGACCAUCGGCAUCCAGCGAGCCUUCCGCGCAGAGUACAGCGCCAAUUGGCGACCGGGAGCGGCGGCGACGGCGGCGAAUGGCAAUGAUGCCCAGCAGCUGCUUUUGGGCGAUGGCGCUGGCGCGCCCGGCGCUUCGUUCGACACCAUGCCGCGCUCGCCUGGCGCGGGCCCUCCUUCUGAGCAGCACCGCACCGCGAUCGCAAGUGUGCAUGCGGCCUUUGCCGUCCUGACGGCGGAGGAGCUCACGAUCAGCGACGUGAAGGUUGAGCUGGAUGAGGAGCAUGGAAAGGAUGCUCGUCCGUAUGGUGGCGGCGAUGCAGCGGUGGCCGCCGAGCUGGAGAGUGUUCGCCAGUCCUCCCUCGCUGGCAAGUGGCGCCAAGGGGAUCGCUGGGGGUCGACAUGGGACAUCGAGGUCGGCCUGGGCGCCUACGAGUCAGAGGACGGCCCGCGAGGCCCUACAGGACAGCUCGCCCUGACAUGGCAGCGCGCCUCGUCAUCUGACCCACGCCCGAACAUCACCCGACUCCCUCUCCCCAUCCUCGCACCACCCCAUCUCAAUGCGCGCGUCCUCAUCGCUGCCCCACCUGCCACGCACGCGCUCGAGGCCUUCACCCUCGUCUUUGUGGUUGUGAAUCCGUCCUCGCACGCCGUAGAUGUCAGCAUGGUGAUAGACGACGAAGAUCCGCCCGCCUGGGUACUUGGGCAUCGCACUUUGUCAAUCCCCGGUAUCCCGCCGAGAGGUAGUCGCAGCAUCCCGACGCGAAUCGUCCCCAGGUACGAGGGGCAGUGGACCUUGCCACGAGUACGAGCAUUCCAGCAUCGACCCCAAGAAGAGAUGGCAGAGGGACAGCAGGGACAGGGCCAUCAGAUGGUCAUCAACGAAACGCAGUAUGGCUUGCCGCUGCAGGUUAGAUAUCGCGUCUCGGCGGGAGCGACGAUGGGCGCCGCUGGGCAGCGGGCCUUGGCUGUCAAUCGGCAGCAUGUCGUUGAGCAGGAGGGGGCCACGCUUUCGGUGCUUGUCCUCCCUCAGCAGGGCGCGGCACGUAGCAGCUCGGACAUGGGGAUUGGAGGUGCGAGUGGCGGUGCCGGAGCGGGAGUGGCUGUAGGCCAAGCGUGA